AUGGACUCGGAGACCGAAGAGGGCGAGGAGGUGGAUGUCAUCCUCACACAUGGCGGACAGCAAGUCAGCGUAAAGAUACCACAACCGCUGCUCCUCACGAGCACAAUAGCCAGAGGACCAUUCCAUCAAUGCGGUACCGCAAGAAGAGUCAAGGUGUAUCGUCUCGAAGGGGAGUCUUGGAUUGAUAAUGGCACAGGCUAUUGCGCAGGUGUCUACGACGAGGUCCACGAUGAGGCCUUGCUUGUCGCGCGUGUGGAAGACAGCUCUGCUCUCGAUCCUCCACCCCCACCGAGCAUACAACCUUACUACUUAAUCGUCAGUGAAGAUAUGGAUGUAGAUGAACACAUCAUGCUGAAUACGCAAGUCGUAAAGGAGGAUGUAUAUCAGAAACAACAAGAUACUCUGGUGGUCUGGACUGAGAGCGACGGAACAGACAUGGCGCUUUCGUUCCAGGAGGCAGAUGGCUGUCAAGAGGUGUGGGAAUUUAUCACCGAGGUCCAGAGGCACUUUCACGCCAAUCAAGCUGCCGCUUCUGCUGCCGCCCUCUCCGACUCGCCGACGCCCGACGCAGGCUCCCCGACCUCUGGAGGUGAUCUCAGCCAAUCCAAUUGGGGCAUGGAACCCUCGCUGGGCAAGCUGGAAGAAAUCGAGCAAGUGCUCAAAGAGACCGCGAGCAAAGGACCUUUGGCGCGGGAAAAGGUCGCCGAGUGGCUGGUGAGAGCGGACUACCUUCGUAAGCUCGUGCCCGUCUUUCAAGACGCAGAAGAUCUAGAGAACGUAGAGGACUUGCAGUGUCUAUGUACAAUCAUGCAGACUAUUGUGAUGCUCAAUGACAGCGCCAUCGUGGAGACGAUCAUUCAAGACGACCUCUUCAUCGACAUUGCAGGCAUGUUCGAGUAUGAUCCCGAAUUUCCAACUCUCAAAGCUUCGUAUAGAGACUACCUUCGCAACACGGCGAGAUUCAAGUCAGUGAUAGACAUCGACGACAUCAAGAUCGUGACCAAGAUUCACCAAGUCUAUCGGUUGCAGUACCUCAAGGACGUGAUACUGGCCCGGAUAUUGGACGAUGCCAUGUUCUCUGUCUUGAAUUCUUGGAUCUUCUUCCACCAGGUAGACAUCGUCAAUUACUGCUCAGGCAGUAUUCCCUUCCUGCAACGGAUCUUUGCAGUCUGCGAGCCCGACAGUGGAGAAACGGAAGAGAAGAAGCACGAUGCCGUCUUCUUUCUGCAGUCACUCUGUGCAAUGGGCAAGCAAGUUCAGAUGCCGGUGCGGGUGGGUCUCUACAGAUCUUUGACGGAUCACGGCGUCUUGUCCUUGCUCGAGUAUGGCCUGUUCGAGUCUGGACAUCAAAGAGUACAGAAUGCAGCAGCUGAGAUGCUCAUGGUGCUCGUCGAGUUUGACCCGAGCAUCAUACGCACCCAUACUCUGGAGCAAGAGGAAAAAGGCCAGACGACGUUUGUCUCUCGGCUCUCCGACGUUUUGCAUGCAGCAAAGGACCUUGGCUUCAAAGCGCAGAUGUCCGAGGUAAUGCGUACGAUGUUUGAUUAUCCCUCUCCGGACAGUGCACCGCAGAGCCUCAAUGCAACGGCGGCAGCCGCUAAUCGCAACAAAGUCGAUCCCGACCGGUUCUUCGCCCAUCUAUAUGAAGCAGACAUUGACCGUCUGUUUGGUCCUCUGAAACGUUUGCCGGAUUACAAGACACUGGAAGUUGCCACGGUACGGUAUUCAGUCGGACCCCGGGAACACUCUGCGCUCUUGGCUCACCUAUGUGAGCUGCUGUGCAACUGCGUACUUCAGCAUGGCUUUCGGUCACAGUAUUACGUCAUCACUUCGGAGAUUGCAGUGCACGUCGCUACGCUCCUCUUUGCCAAGGAAAAGCACAUGAAGCUGGCGGCCAUCAAGCUUUUCCGCGCCUGUCUCGCGUCGAACAACCAGUUCAUCAAUCGUCACUUUCUGAAACAUGACAUCUUCGGAGCCAUCCUCGUUCUCGCCAGGAGGGAGUGCCAACGGGACAACCUAAUCCUCUCGGCCUGCAUCGAGUUCUUCGAGCAUCUCAAAAAGGAGAAGAGCAAGAUCGUCAUGGAUCACCUAGUCGAUCGACACUACCAGGACUUGGAAGUGCUAAGUCAGAAUCGCUUUGCUGGGCAAUGCUUCUCGGCCAUCUUUGAGUCUGCUCGCAAGCCGAAUGCCCCUCAGAAGGGCACUGCUGGAGGUACCAACGAGGGCGAGCGCGGAGCUGAUGAAGAAGAAGCAGACGAGAAUGCCUACUUUGAUGACUCGGACGACGAAGAAGAACCUACCCUCGCUCUUGCUGGUCCCGCUUCUGCUGCCCGCAACAAGACCACUGCUGCUGCUAUGUCCAGCUCAGCACCGCGCUUGAAGAGCUCAGUCGCCUCUGCGUCUGUAAUUCCCACCCCGUCCUCUGUCCCUUCCCAUAGCGGUAGCGACAUCAGCAAUAGCAGUAGCAGUGGAAGCGUCAGCGUCGCAAAUACAAACGUAAGCGCAGAUGCAGAUGCAGACGCAGACGCACCUCUCUUAGCCCUGCACAGUCGCGUGAGCGAGAAGCGUCGGAGAGAAGAAGCCGAGGAGGAUGACUUUGGAUUGGAGAGAUUGGCGAAACGCACCCAUGCUGACGCACAAGAGGGAUCAGAAGGCGCUUCCGCUCCCAAAUCUAUGAAUCUCACAAGAUCUUCGUCUGUCGGAAGCGGUGGUGGCUUCAUCCUUGAAGACGAGGAGCAAAAGGAAGAAGCAGAAGCAGAGGCACAACCUCUCACACCCGCACUUGCGUCAGCGUCAGCGUCAGCAUCUGCACCUGUAUCUGCACCUGCAUCUGUGCAGCCCUCGAAGAUGACCAGCAGUGGAAGCAACGGUGGCAGUGGUGGGAAGCGCAUUUCCCUCGGUCUAUCCUCAGAGGCGACGAAGCGCAUAUCUGCAUCUUCUGCGUCUGGCUCGUUGGAAGAGGUGGAUACAAGCAAGGACGAGGACGGGGAUAGGGAUAGGGACGGUGAAGAGGCGGUCUCUGGUACUGCUGCCUUACUUGGAGAGAAGAGUGGGGUGCAGGGGACGUAG